AACGUCAACGGUCGUCAAGAUAUAGAGCACCACAACGCAAGUCAUAGGCCAUUGAAAGAAGACUACUGUCAGAGACAACACGCACAAGAGUUGAUCUGUCUGAGAACUACAAUGCUGAAGCGGGCAGCCCUUGGUUCGCAGCUGAUUCUGCUGCUGAUGGUGGCUAAAACUGAUGCAGCAUUGGCCUCUCUAGACCUCAGCGACAACAUUGGGCGAAUCAGUCUCAGUUCACAACAACUGGAAGCGGCUGCUACUCAGGCCAGAGUUCAGCUUGAGGAAGAACGGAGUCAAGAAAGUGCCUUUGCGGUAUUAGACCGAUCUGCUUCAGAACCUGGCUCUACAACGGACCAGCUCAACAAGUUCACAUUCACAGCACCUGAGAGUAUAACAAAGGGAAACAACCAUCGCAUCAAUGUCCUAGAAGUUACACAGUUGCUGCAGGCAGCGAAUGUAUCACAGGAGGAAAUACCCUUGGUGUUGAAGAAAGGUUUCGGUCCAGAGCUCAGGUGCGCUUCCAGUCUUGAUAAACCGUGCGAAACCUCCUCCCCCUACCGGACAGCUGAUGGUUCCUGCAACAACCUCGAGCAUACAACCUGGGGCAAGGCAUUCAUUCCAAUGAGGCGAUGGCUGGAUCCCGCUUAUGAUGACCAUAUAUCUUCCCCACGAGAAAAAUCCCAUGGGUCGUCCUCAAAGUUACCCAGUGCCCGCCUGGUCAGCACGACUGUCCACACCCCGUCAACAGACGCUGACCGCCACGCCUACUACACCCACAUGUUGAUGCAGUGGGGUCAGUUCCUGGAUCACGACAUCACCAGCACACCAACACAGCAGCUCAAUGGUCCGUAUGGCCGUUCUUUAAAUGUUGGAUGCUGUUUUCAACCACGACCAUUCAGCCGCCAGUGUUUCCCCAUCGUCAUUCCACAACCAGAUCGACACUUUAAGUCCACCUGCAUGAAUUUCGUGCGCUCGGUUCAAGUAGAGAACGAACAUUGCCAAGCAGCUCCCGUGGAACAGCUGAACCAGAUCACAGCCUACAUAGACGCCUCACAGGUGUACGGGUCGUCACAGGAGGAACAGAACAAGCUACGGACAUUUGUUGACGGUCAGCUGAAGAUGAAAUCGACUCACUUGCCUAGCGAUUCGGAGCCUAGUUGUACCACAACAAAUAGCCAAAGCUACUGUUUCCUCGGAGGUGACCAUCGAGUGAAUGAAAACCCAACUCUUCAGAGCAUGCACACGAUCUUCACAAGAGAACACAACCGCAUAGCUAAAAAACUAAAAGCCCUCAACUGCCAUUGGAGCGAUGAGAGCACUUUCCAGGAGGCCAGGAAGAUCGUGAGCGCUAUCAUACAGAAAAUCACGUAUGACGAAUACUUGCCUAUUAUCAUGGGAGAAGAAGCCAUGACCAAGUAUGGCCUGCCAAUUGGAUCUGGGAGCACUUACGCCAACGUAUACAACACUACGACCGACGCCAGCAUCAGGAACGCCUUCGCAACGGCGGCUUUCAGAAUGGGACACUCUAUGAUCCACAGCCACUUAGCUAGCUACAGCUCUUCAUAUAGCUAUCUCGGCAAGGACGAACUAAGCAAGACCUUCGGCAACACGGAUCUCAUUCUGAACGUCAACAACAGAAAGGUGGACCAUUACUGUAGAGGGUUGGUUCAGGACGGAGUUCAGAAUGCAGAACACAAACUGACGCAGGAGGUCACGGACAAGUUGUUUGCUGACAGUAACGGAAAUAGUCUGGACCUGGCAGCUCUCAACAUCCAGAGAGGAAGAGACCACGGGCUUCCGUCUUACACCAAGUGGAGGAAGUACUGUGACCUUCCAACAGCUACACCCUUCUCCGGCCUGGCCUGCACGACACACACAACAACUACAGCGAACCUUUUGAAGAAAGUGUAUAAACACAUCGACGACAUUGACCUGUUUCCUGGGGCUCUGUCUGAGAAGCCUGUUCCAGGAGGACUUCUGGGACCGACAUUUACCUGUCUCCUGGGGAAGCAGUUCCAGGCCCUGAAGGAAGGAGACCGAUUCUGGUUUGAAGAAAACAACGCAUAUGUGAAAUUUACUCCGAACCAGCUGAAUGAGAUCCGGAAAGCCAGUCUGUCCAGGGUAGUGUGUGACAAUACGGACACCUUCAUGAUCCAGAAGAACGCUUUUAUCAAGAGAUCUCGGGUUUCAUGCGGUUCUUUGGAUAAAAUUAACCUCAACCACUGGAGAACAGGCACCUGGAGCACCUGGACGUCCUGGGGAAGAUGCUACUCCGGCAAACAGAGGAGAAGUCGCUCAUGCAAGACCUGUGACUGCACUGGUCAGACCUCUCAGAGUCGUAGCUGUGGAUGUGUCAUCGGGUGUUGGUGGCCGAAGUAUUAUGACUUGCAAAUGGAUGCUAAGUUUCUUCAUGAGCCUGUUGAGCGUGCUGAGUCUGUUGAGCGUGCUGAGCCUGUUGAGCGUGCUGAGCCCGUUGAGCGUGCUGAGCCCGUUGAGCGUGCUGAGCCCGUUGAGCGUGCUGCUGCUGCUGCUCAAGAGGUAAUUUCAAGGAACUAAUUUCAAGCUGUACACUUUUAGUAACAUAAGUUAUUGAGUAUCACGUGUUACUUCUUUGUCCAUUACCUGUUGACAAACGGAAACAAUUUGUCACUUUAUACUAUGCUUGAUCAUCAUGUGUACUGUGUAAUUUUUGCAAAUAUACCCAUUAAUUAUAGCCGAUGUCAGGGUAGUCAUACGAAAUCGCUGUCCAUGUUCACUUUUCGUCCAACAAACUUGAUCUCUGCACUUUCCUUUCCGUAAUGCUGUCAAAUGUCCACAUUAUACUAAAUGGAAAUAAUGUUCAUGGCCUUUGGCCUCCUCAGUGUUAUGAAUAAAAAAUGCUUGACAGAA